AGCCUGAAAGCAACUGCAGUCAGUGGCCGCGGCGCUGUGAGCUGAUCUUUGUGCGAACGAAGCAGCGCAGCAGUCGUAGUUAGCAACCGACAGCAAACACACUCGGAGACGGCGGCGGGACACCGAUUUUGGGACUGAAAAACAACUCAUCCGGCGAUUACAAAGUGACUGGGACUGCCUUAAAAUGGUCAUCUGGUGAAGACUUCCGAAGCUUUUAGGUGGAGGAGUGGCAGACAGCGCCACCCAGGCGUGCAGAGUGGGACCCCUUCCCGUCUCACAUAACCGACGACCAGCUUCCCGAGGCCGCCACCAUCGUCCCCAGAUGGACUCCAGACUCUGAGAAAAGAGCGAGGCAGUCGGGACCGAAAUCAAGCGAAGGAGAGGAGGCGCAGGGGGAGGAGCACACGCUCGCUGGAGCAGGAAAGGGAGGGCUUUGGUAGGGAGCGGAGAGGACACUGGGCUCCACCACGAUGUCGUCAAAUAGGACCCAGAACCCACACGGACUGAAACAGAUAGGCCUGGACCAGAUAUGGGACGACCUGCGGGCUGGCAUCCAGCAGGUGUACACGCGGCAAAGCAUGGCCAAGUCACGCUACAUGGAACUCUACACACAUGUAUAUAACUAUUGCACCAGCGUCCACCAGUCCAGCCAGGGCCGGGGCUCCGUGCCUCCAGCAAAGCCCUCCAAAAAGUCCACCACUCCAGGCGGGGCUCAGUUCGUAGGCCUGGAGCUCUACAAGCGGCUCAAGGAGUUCCUGAAGAACUACCUGACGAGCCUACUCAAGGAUGGCGAGGAUCUGAUGGACGAGUGCGUGUUGAAGUUUUACACCCAGCAGUGGGAGGACUACCGUUUCUCCAGUAAGGUCCUUAACGGGAUCUGCGCCUACCUCAACCGCCACUGGGUCAGACGAGAGUGUGACGAGGGACGCAAGGGCAUCUACGAGAUAUACUCGCUGGCACUCGUGACCUGGAGGGAGUGUUUAUUCCGACCCCUCAACAAACAGGUAACAAACGCCGUUCUGAAGCUGAUAGAGAGAGAGAGGAACGGUGAGACCAUCAACACCCGGCUCAUCAGUGGUGUUGUCCAGUCUUAUGUCGAGCUGGGCCUGAACGAGGAGGACGCCUUCGCCAAAGGCCCCACGCUGUCCGUGUACAAAGAGUACUUUGAAUGUCAGUUCCUCACUGACACAGAACGUUUCUACACGCGUGAGAGCACAGAGUUCCUGCAGCAGAACCCCGUCACAGAGUACAUGAAGAAGGCGGAGGCCCGUCUCCUGGAGGAGCAGCGGCGUGUGCAGGUUUACCUCCAUGAAUCCACCCAGGACGAACUGGCCCGAAAGUGUGAGCAAGUCCUGAUCGAGAAGCACCUGGAGAUCUUCCACACAGAGUUUCAGAACCUGCUGGACGCUGACAAGAACGAAGACCUGGGCAGGAUGUACAACCUGGUGUCGCGGAUCACAGACGGUCUGGGUGAGCUGAAGAAGCUUCUAGAGACCCACAUCCACAACCAGGGCCUGGCCGCCAUUGAGAAGUGCGGCGAGGCAGCGCUCAACGACCCCAAAGUGUACGUGCAGACCACCCUGGACGUCCAUAAGAAGUACAACGCUUUGGUCAUGUCUGCCUUCAACAACGACGCCGGCUUCGUGGCCGCACUCGACAAGGCGUGUGGUCGGUUCAUCAACAACAACGCCGUCACCAGGAUGGCUCAGUCGUCCAGCAAGUCUCCCGAGCUGCUGGCCAGAUACUGCGACUCUUUACUGAAGAAGAGCUCCAAAAACCCAGAGGAGGCUGAACUGGAGGACACUCUGAACCAAGUGAUGGUUGUGUUCAAGUACAUCGAGGACAAAGACGUUUUCCAGAAGUUUUACGCCAAGAUGCUGGCCAAACGUCUGGUCCACCAGAACAGCGCCAGCGACGACGCCGAGGCCAGCAUGAUCUCCAAACUCAAGUGGACUUCAGCAUCCAGGUUCUGAGCUCCGGCUCUUGGCCUUUCCAGCAGUCCUGCACCUUCGCUCUGCCCUCAGAGCUGGAGCGGAGCUAUCAGCGCUUCACGGCGUUCUACGCCAGCAGGCACAGCGGCAGGAAGCUGACCUGGCUGUAUCACCUGUCCAAAGGAGAGCUGGUCACCAACUGCUUCAAGAACAGGUACACGCUGCAGGCCUCCACCUUCCAGAUGGCUAUCCUGCUGCAGUACAACACGGAGGACAGCUACACGGUGCAGCAGCUCACUGACAGCACACAGAUCAAAACCGACAUUUUGGUUCAAGUUCUUCAGAUUCUGUUAAAAUCGAAGCUGCUGGUUUUGGAGGACGAGAACGCCAACGUGGACGAGGUGGAGUUCAAGUCCGACACCGUCAUCAAACUCUUCCUUGGAUAUAAGAAUAAGAAGCUGAGGGUGAACAUCAACGUGCCGAUGAAGACGGAGCAGAAACAGGAGCAGGAGACGACUCACAAGAACAUCGAGGAGGAUCGAAAGCUCCUCAUCCAGGCUGCCAUAGUGAGGAUCAUGAAGAUGAGGAAGGUCCUGAAGCACCAGCAGCUCCUGGCUGAGGUCCUGAACCAGCUGUCAUCCCGGUUCAAACCCCGAGUCCCCGUCAUCAAGAAAUGCAUCGACAUCCUGAUCGAGAAGGAGUACCUGGAGCGAGUGGACGGCGAGAAGGACACGUACAGCUACCUGGCCUGAGCGCCACCCGCCCUCCCCCCUUCCACCUGCCCGCCUGCCGCCGCCGGCUCUCCUUAGUUUAAUUUUAAUUUGUUAUCUUUUUUGUUUUUUAUUUUUUAUUUUAUGUCUGAGUAAUAAAGUGUGGAUCCCUCUGAGCGUGACCACCCUGAUGAUGACCGCCACCAAACCCGAGGGGGGGAGGGGCAGCUCGCUCCUCUCGCCUCAAGAGAUGAAGGAACGAAAACGCCCCUCCUGUCGGAACCGGGAAACCCCUUCUUCACGCUCGCCCGUCCCCGCCUCAUCGUGCGACUCGAACGCUCACUUCCUUGUUGUCAUACUGUAAAAAAACAACCACAGACUGAGAGGAAUAAACAAGCCCCGCCCCCCAAUCACCACCCCCAUCCCCUUUACAUAAGCGUGAUGAAAUAGCCUACAGCCAAUCAGAGGAGAGCCGCAUCCAAAGGUUUCUGCAUGCUACUGCCUACCUGCGCCACAGCGACCACGAAAAAGAUUCUCACGUAAGCAUAAAGAGCGGAGUCGCCCGGGCCGCUGCUGCCGCACGCCCACCAGGUCGACGCCGGUCCUGUAACUUAAAGUCCACCACUGCAUCGGAGGAGGAGGAGCCGCUGAGGUCGCGUCAGAGCGAGGUCGGUGGGUUCGAGCAGGAGUCUCUGUACCGGACGGUGGACAUUUGUAUAGUGUGGUUCAUUUUCUAAAUGUGUGAUGAAUAAAAACAAGGAAAGAUUUCUCUAA